AUGUCUCGUUUAAUUGUUAAAGGACUACCAAAAUAUUUGACUGAAGAGAAGUUGAAGAGUCAUUUCAGUAAACAAGGAAAUGUUACUGAUGUAAAAUUAAUGAAAAAGAGAAAUGGAGAAAGUAGAAGAUUUGCAUUUGUAGGUUAUAAAUCAAGAGAUGAUGCAGAACAAGCAGUUGAUUUCUUUGAUCAAAGUUUUAUUGAUACUGCCAAGAUCGAAGUCCAAUUAGCCAAAUCAUUUGCCGACCCUGACGUUCCUAUUUCUAUGAAAGAACAAAGAAGAAUGGAUAAUGAAAGAAUAGCUCAACAAGAAGAAAGAUUAUUAAAGCAAGAUCAAGAAAGACAGUUAAAGAAACAAAAAGUCAUUAAAUCUAAGAUUGAUGAAGAAAUCGAAAGUAAUCCAAAGUUGAAAGAAUUCAUGGAAACUUUCAAACCUUCAAGUCAAAGUAAGUCUUGGGCAAGCGAUUCAUUGGCUGAUGGAUCAGGUGCUCCUUCAUCUAAAGAUUUAGAAAAUGCUUUAGCUGAAAAAGAUGGUCCAGUACCUCAAAUUCCAAAAAAUGAUAGUGAUGAUGAAUAUGAAGAUUUCGAUAAGAAGCCUGAUGACGAUGAAGAUGAGGUAAUGAUACCAUUUAAUGAACCUAACGAAAAUUCUCAAGAUGAUGAACAAUCCAAUGCAAAAGCUAGAGACGAUAAAAUUUCCGAUCUUGAGUGGCUUCAGCUGAAAAGGAAGAGAAUGAUCGAAAAUGAAGAUCGUAUCAGAGAAAUUGAAGAACAACAAAGGCAACAAAUGAAGAGGAAGGCUCAUGCACCAACUAGAAUCCAAUCAGAAGAACCAGAAGUUGAUCCAAUAGAAGUCAUUAUAAAUAAGAUCAAGGAAACCGGUCGUUUAUUCAUCAGGAACAUUUUAUAUACUUCCACUGAGGAAGAAUUCCAAGAAUUAUUCUCGAAAUACGGUAAACUUGAAGAAGUUCACAUUGCUGUUGAUACGAGGACAGGUAAAUCCAAAGGUUUUGUUUACAUACAAUUCUCUGAUGCAGAAGAUGCCGUUAAAGCCUUCGAAGCUUUAGAUAAACAAAUUUUCCAAGGUCGUUUAUUACAUAUCUUACCAGGAGAAAAGAAAAAAGAUCAUAGAUUAGAUGAAUUCGAUUUGAAGAAUUUACCUUUGAAAAAACAACGUGAGUUGAAGAGAAAAGAUCAAGCUUCAAGAGCCCAAUUCAGUUGGAAUUCUUUGUAUAUGAACCAAGAUGCAGUUAUGGAAAGUGUGGCUGCUAAAUUAGGUGUCAGUAAAGCUCAAUUGAUCAAUCCUCAAAAUUCUGAUUCAGCUGUUAAACAAGCAUUAGCUGAGGCAUCCGUUAUUGGUGAUGUAAGAAAAUAUUUUGAAGAUAAAGGUGUUGAUUUGACCAGUUUCGAUAAAAGAGAAAGAGAUGAUAAAAUCAUUUUAGUAAAGAAUUUCUCUUUUGGUACAACUAUAGGAGAAUUAAACGAAAUGUUUGGUCAAUUUGGUGAAAUCAAAAGAUUAUUAAUGCCACCAGCAGGAACCAUAGCUAUUGUUGAAUUCCGUGAUUUACCAAGUGCUAGAUCAGCAUUCACAAAAUUGGCUUUCAAAAGAUUCAAGAAAACCAUUUUAUAUUUGGAAAAGGGGCCAAAAGAUUUGUUCACCAGAGAACCAAGUAGUGAAGACACCGUUGAAGUCGUCAAUAAACCUGAUGCUGUUGAAGCCAAAGUCACUGCUAAUGAUAUAUUAAGUAACGAACCUCAAGCUGAUGUAGAAGAAUCAAUGGAAGUUGAUGGUCCUACAGUUUCUGUUUUUGUCAAAAACUUGAAUUUCUCCACAACUACUGAACAAUUAAACAACUUGUUCAAAACAUUACCAGGAUUUGCUGUUGCUUUAGUCAAAACUAAACCUGAUCCUAAGAAGGAAGGGUCAACGUUGAGUAUGGGUUUUGGAUUCGUUGAAUUCAGAUCUAAGGAAGAUGCCGAUAAAGCUAUUGCUGUGAUGGAUGGUCAUGUGUUGGAUGGUCAUAAAUUGCAGUUGAAAUUGUCUAACAGAACCAGUGGUAGUACUAGUAAGAAAGCUAAGAGUACCAAUAAAUCAUCCAAGAUUAUCAUUAAGAAUUUACCAUUCGAAGCUACAAGAAAAGAUAUUAUCGAAUUAUUUGGAUCCUUUGGUAAAGUUAAAUCUGCCAGAGUUCCUAAGAAGUUCAACAAAUCAGCCAGAGGUUUCGCUUUCGUUGAAUUUAGUUUAUUAAAAGAAGCAGAAAAUGCUAUGAAUCAAUUAGAAGGGGUACAUUUAUUGGGUAGAAGAUUAGUUAUGGAUUAUGCUGAACAUGAUGCUGAAGAUGCUGAAGCUGAAAUUGAAAGAAUGACUAAGAAAGUCAAACAACAAUUUGAAACUCAACAAGUCGCUGCUCAAAGGUUAGCUGGAAAGAGUAAGAAACUCGAUCUUGAAGAUGAAGAAGCUUAA